AUGCCAAAAUUGGAGCUGAAUGCCGCUUUAUUGUCUUUCCGUGUCGCCGCCGCCAUCCAGAACUGUCUCAUUCAUCCCAUCAGCCGCACAUAUUUCUGGACGGACUCCAGCACUGUCCGUAAUUGGAUAAGAGCCACCGCCUCCUUUAACCAAAUCUUCGUCGCCAACCGAGUAGGGGAGAUACAGACGUUAACGGAGAGCGACGAAUGGCAUUUUAUCCCCGGCAAACUAAACCCCGCUGACGCUGCUACCCGUUCCGCCAUCGGAGAAGAUGUCUGGCCAUGGAUCUGGCAAGACGGCCCGGAAUUUCUACUACAACUGGAAUCCGCCUGGCCCACGGAUCUUCCUUGGAUGGCCGCGACGGUAGAACUGAAAGCCACCAAAUCGUAUCACGUCCAGAUCACCCCAGAUCCGUUUGAUUGGUCAGCAGUUAGUUUGGACCAUUCUUACCUUUCAUCUUUCUUGAAAUUAGAAGGAGAAACGAAGAACCUCCUCAAACGAUGUCAAUCAGAAGCCUUUCCGGAAGACCUCACCCGACUUAAGCGAGGAAAGCUCCUUCGUUCCUCUUCCUAUCUGUUGGCCUUAAGUCCGAAGCUCGGCGAGGCUGAAAUCUUACGUCUAGGCGGCCGGAUUGAUAGAGCAAAGCUGCCAUACGAUGCCCGUCAUCCUCCGUUACUUCCCAGCAAGCACCCGCUCACGGAGAAAAUAGUCGAAGUUGUGCACGGUCAGAUGCACCACGCCGGAACUGAUUAUUUAUUCGCAAAAUUGUGUCGACAUUUCUGGGUCAUUCGCGGGCGAGAGCUGAGUGACAAAGCGGUAAGUGCACUCUUCACUUGUCUGGCGACAAGAGCUGUACAUAUAGAAUUAGCCGAGUCCCUAUCAUCUGAGGAUUUUCUGCUGGUCUUUCGUCGAUUCAUCGGUCUUUUCGGUAAACCUGCCACUGUCCAAUCCGACAAUGGGACGAACUUCGUCGGAGCGGAGCGUGAGUUGAACGAUCUUGUUAAUCAACUCGGAAAGGACCCGAAGCUGUCGCAGUUCCGAAAAGAAAAGAUGAUUGAUUAUACCAAUCAAUCAUUCCAGCCUCCACGAGCACUGCACUUCGGCGGAGCUCACGAGAGCUUCGUCCGUUCUACAAAACGUGCCUUUCCGCGGAAGAAGUGGAAAUCAGCUCAAGAGAACCUUUCCGUCGGUGACAUCGUCCUUCUACUGGAUCCUAACCAACCGUGCGGUCUCUGGAAAAUCGGCCACGUUAAUCAAGUUUAUCCGGGAAACGAAGGACUAGUACGCGUCGUCAAAGUGAGAACAAAAGACGGGGAGUACACCCGAGCGAUUCAUCGCCUAAGUAUUCUCAAGAAAGCUGCCGUCGCCGAUGUUCAUCCGAAAGAAUCUCUUCCGCCUUCAUCAAAAUAG